CUUAGACUUCAAGUCUUCUGUACUCCCAUCUACGCCAACGUCAGAAGGAAUACAUAGCAGGAAUUCAACGACAGCUUUCAGCAUGGCCAACAUCAACAUUAGCUGCAUUGCCAUCAUCGGCAAGCAGAAUAAUCCUUUGUUCAUUAAAAACUUCAAUGCUUCACAUGCUGAUCUUAAAUACCAUUAUAUCGCCCAUACAUCUUGCGACGUCAUGGAGGAACGAGCUGUAAUGAAGACACAGGAUAUGUAUUUGGGCGUCUUAUUUUCAAUGGAAGAUCUAUCCGUCUACGGAUACAUGACCAAUACUAAGAUCAAGUUUAUCACAGUGUUGACAGUUCCUGAUGUUAUUAUUAAAGAUCUCGACAUGAAAAAUGUAUUUCGACGGAUCCAUGCAGCAUAUGUCAAUCAUGCCAGUAAUCCAUUUUACGAGAUUGACUCACAAAAGAUGAUCAAGAGUAAAAAGUUUGAUCAAGAAAUCGAGGCUAUUGGACGGGGACGUCCACUGGAAGGUGGAAACAGAAACUCAAUAACGACAUCAAGUGCUUAAAAAAGAAAAAAAAAGAAUAAAAAUUAAGCGUGUAUAUCCUUUUUAUGUUAUUACAUAGAAAAUAAAUAAAACAUUUGGCC